AUGGCACCCCCACGUUUUACUCUAAAAGAAUUGGGAACCAUAUCGGAAUAUAUCACUGAUAUCACAUCAAUCGAACGCUUUGUGUUUGUGAGUAAACUGUGUAAAAAGACAUUUGACACGAAAGAGACGACUAUUCUGCCACAAGUCGACACCCAUGUCAUGACCCCUAUCGAACUCACAGUCAACAGAACAAUGCAACUUUUAAAGGUUUUAAAAUACUUUCCGUCUGCUAAGUGCCUUCAAUGCGAUACUGACACAAUCCGAAUCAUCCCAGAAGGAGUCUUUCCUCAUUACUCUCAAAUUGAAAUUAAUGAAAGCGAAGAACCUUUGUUGGUCAAAGAGCAGAUGCUCCUCAUCAAAACCCUUGCUCCGAAAAUCACUAGUCUCUCGCUUAAGAUCGACGAGGACUCGAAUGACUUCCCCGAUGAAAUGGACUUUGCAGAGAUGACACAACUCAGGUACUUGAGUGUUCUCUUUUCACAGAACGAAGUUAUUGACUUCCCCCAAAAAGAAGAAGAACAACAAACAUUCUGCUUCUCGAAGCUCUAUGAGUUAAGAGAUGUCCCAACACUUCAAACACUCUCAGUAAGUUGCGAACAAACAACUGCGAUACUCUUAGCACCGAUAUUUAGAGAGUUGCAAUGUGUCGUUAAUGUCAUUUUACUUUAUUCAGAAGACGACGUUGAUAAAGUGCGAGAGGUGAUGCCAAACAACGUGAUUGUGUGUUGCGAGUAUGACAGCACCAUGUGUGAGUACACACGACGGCAAACAGUUAUCAUGGAGCACGACGGACUCUCGGCGAAGAUGGAGACCCUUGGAGAAAUGCACUUAUUUGAAGAAUUGAUGGAAGACUCGCUCACUCGCAAAUUGGUGUUAUACGAAACGAUACCAAAGUGGAUGAAAGUUGUUGACUUGACAACAUACACACACAUCCAAGAACUUCAAAUAGAAGGGAAAGUGCCAGUCACACAAGUCAAUAUACCAACAAGUGUAAGUUCACUGAAGCUCUUGACUAAUGGAUAUUGCAUUACUAAUUUACAAGACGCUAAUUUGGAAGAACUCAGACUUGAUGGAUGCGAUGUAAACCCUAAUGUGUUUGCAACACAACCGCUCAGAGCUAUGGAAUUGAAAGGGUGUAACAUCAAAACAACAUUCUUAUUGCCAAACACACUCACGAGAUUUUCGAUAACGGAUUCUGAUAUACAAGUCCAACUGAAUGAUGGGCUCAUCGAAUUGGAAGUUGGUAAUUACUCAAAGUCGUCUUCUCUUGUCCUACCUCAGAGCUUAGAAGUGCUUUCAAUAGAGUCGAAUGUUUCAAUGUUAUCUGCUGUGCGUCUCAAACACUUGGAUAUAUCAAAGAUGGUAGUUAACACUGAUUUAUAUCCGACAAGUUUGACAUCAUUACGAGUGUUGAUGGGCGUCGGAAGAAAGCAAAUUGACUUACUCCGGUUUCAAAAACUUGAGCGACUGAGUAUCAUAGUGUGCGACAUGGUGAAGAGAAUAGUCCUCCCGCACUCCCUGAAGUAUUUGAUGGUUUAUGGGUGCAAAGAAAUCAUCGCGUUUGAUAACAUGAAGAAUGGGAAUCUGUCCGAACUGUGUGUGACGGAGUGCAACAACUUGCGGUUGAAGAUUCCGAAAAGUGUGAAGCGGUGUUUUGUUGACAUUCCGUCGUCAGCCUGUGUGAAAUACUGA